ACAUUCUGUCAGUGUCGUAGAACAGCUAUUUGUGCGAAAUCGUAAUUUGUCGAUCCAUUAAGAUAAAAUAGUAAUAUAGUUGUUAUUAAUCGAAUGAAACCACACAGAAUAUUAUUAAAUUAAGUAAAAAGUCUUCUUUUUGAAAUAAAAUAUUAUUAUUCAUUCAUCAUACCGCUAAUCGUGAGUGUCCACUUGGAUUUGUGGAGUCCGGCUAUGGCGGAUCAAUCGUCGGUGUUAGCUUUAGUUAUAUUGGCUGUUGGGGUAACUGUCCACUUCUCUUUGCACAAAGUAGAGGAGGGACAUGUAGGGGUGUAUUACCGGGGAGGAGCUUUGCUCCCGGUAACCAGCCAACCAGGGUUUCACAUGAUGAUUCCACUACUAACAUCAUACAAAUCAAUACAGACAACACUCCAGACUGAUGAAGUGAAGAACGUUCCGUGUGGUACGAGCGGUGGUGUCAUGAUAUACUUCGAACGGAUAGAAGUCGUCAACAAAUUGGAACCAGUCAGUGUGCUCGACAUGGUGCGUAACUUCACGGCGGACUACGACAAGACGUUAAUAUUCAACAAGGUGCACCACGAGCUGAACCAGUUCUGCAGCGCACACACACUACACGAAGUUUAUAUUGAUUUGUUUGAUCAGAUCGACGAAAAUUUACGAACGGCGCUCCAAAGAGAUUUGCAUGAGAUGGCACCUGGUCUCAGAGUGCAAGCAGUCAGAGUAACAAAACCAAAGAUACCAGAGUCAAUCCGCAAGAACUACGAGUUGAUGGAAGCUGAGAAAUCAAAACUACUUAUUGCUGCACAACAUCAGAAGGUUGUGGAAAAAGAGGCAGAAACAGCGAGACGCAAGGCUGUUAUCGAAGCUGAAAAAGAGGCACAAGUCGCUAAAAUUCAAUAUGAACAGAAAAUUAUGGAGAAAGAGUCUUUGCAGAAGAUCGAGCUUAUUGAAGACAGUAUCCAUAAAGCGAAGCAACAAACCAAAGCAGAAGCGGAAUUCUACAGCUUGAAGAAACAGGCUGAAGCUAACAAGAUGUUGUUGACGAGAGAGUAUUUAGAACUGAAGCGAUACGAAGCUCUCGCGUUGAACAACAAAAUAUACUUUGGUAGUGAUAUCCCCAACAUGUUCCUGCAGGCUAAUGUCGGUGACAGUGUUCCAAUCCCCAAAACUCAUGUUGAAUGAGUGUUAAUCACAUUGAAUCACCUGCUAGUCACAGAAUAAAGGCGACAAGCCACAAGACUGCAUAUCAGUGAUACACGACUUUUUCAACCAGACAGUUGUUAUGUACUGGGUUAUAUGGACAAUCAAAAGGCCCUAGCAGGAGCUUCAUCAAUUUUAUACAUCAAUUUGAUGAUGUUAGAUAAGUACAGAAUGCUUCAAUUUUUUAUCAGUUACCUCUUAGCUAGUUUGUACAGAAUACCAAGUUCAAGAUUCUCUUAAAUAAUAAUUACAGUAACUAUUGUGACAAUAUCAUUGAAUUUAAUCUUGUAAUCUCAUUGUAUGGAUGUCUAUAAGAGUGCAUUAUAACUUAUUUUUCAAGAAUUGUGAUAUUUAUUGUCUAACUGUUCAAAAGACACUAUGUAGUAAGGAACAAAUAAUGAAUUGUAAAUGUAAUGCAUCACAUUGGCUGCACUCAGUUUAUUUGACUGAUUACUGUUCUGGUGUUAGAUUGUCUAUGUACAUAGCUUUUUUAAAUGUGAAAUAAAAGUCAAUAUUUGUGGAAAAA